AUGGCCUCCGCACUAUUCUUCCUCGACCUCAAGGGCAAGACCCUCCUAGCCCGCAACUACCGCGGCGACAUCCCCAUGUCCGCAGUCGAAAAGUUCCCCAUCCUCCUCGCCGAAGCCGAAGAAGAGUCCUCCGCCGUCCCGCCCUGCUUCUCCGACGAAGGCAUCAACUACCUCUACAUCCGACACUCCAACCUCUACGUCCUCGCCCUCACCAAACGCAACACCAACGCCGCCGAGAUCCUCCUCUUCCUGCACAAGAUCGUCGAGGUGUUUACCGAAUACUUCAAGGAACUAGAGGAGGAGUCGAUACGGGAUAAUUUCGUGGUUAUCUAUGAACUGCUGGAUGAGAUGAUGGACUUUGGGUACCCGCAGACGACGGAGACGAAGAUCCUGCAGGAGUAUAUCACGCAGGAGAGCCACAAGUUGGAGGUGCAGGCGAGGCCGCCGAUUGCGGUUACUAACGCGGUGUCGUGGCGCUCGGAGGGGAUACGGUACAGGAAGAAUGAGGUGUUCUUGGAUGUGGUUGAGAGUUUGAAUCUGCUGGUGGGCCUGAACGACAAAGUCAUGUUCGAAACGACAGGGCGAGCGACUAGAGGGAAAGCUGUCGAGAUGGAGGACGUCAAAUUUCACCAGUGUGUACGAUUAUCACGAUUCGAGAACGAUCGCACGAUAUCCUUCAUCCCUCCGGACGGCGAGUUCGAAUUGAUGUCGUACCGUCUCAACACGGCCGUCAAGCCUCUGAUCUGGGUCGAGUGUGUGGUAGAGUCGCAUUCCGGCUCAAGGAUAGAAUAUAUGUUGAAGGCUCGAGCACAAUUCAAGCGACGGUCAACAGCAAACAACGUCGAGAUCAUCGUGCCGGUACCUGAGGAUGCAGACUCGCCUCGUUUCCGGACGAAUGUCGGUUCGGUGCACUACGCGCCGGAGAAGUCGGCAAUUGUAUGGAAGAUCAAACAAUUUGGCGGUGGCAAGGAGUUCCUGAUGCGUGCUGAGCUGGGUCUGCCUAGUGUCAAAGGUGAUGACGAGCGAGGCGGUGGCAUGACCGGGGGGUUUGGUGGUAGUAUGGGAGGCAUUGGUGGGGAUGGCCGGGGCAAGAGGCCACUGCAGAUCAAGUUCGAGAUUCCUUAUUUCACUACUUCAGGCAUUCAAGUGAGAUACCUGAAGAUCAUCGAGCCAAAACUGCAGUACCCCAGUCUGCCAUGGGUCAGGUAUAUCACACAGUCUGGCGACAUCGCAGUUAGACUGCCGGAAGUGCAAAAUGCAUAA